AUGCUUCGUUCCGUCUCCGAGAAGUCCUACGACCAACCUCAGUUCGAGACUCCCACGAACAACAAAGGCAAGCGCAAGGCCGACCAGGUAGAUGUUACGCCCCCGGAUCAGCGCGCCGCCGGCCACCACGCGACCUUCGCCAUUCCCACGGACGGCCGACGCUCGCAACAUGUGUCGGAGGUGAGCAAGCCCCCGUCGUCGUACCAGGGUCGCAAGCGCGCGCGACUCUCGACGUCGGGCGCGUCCCCAUCCGCGAGUCCAGGACCCUCUCGGCCAGGCUCGGUGCAGCGACAACUGACGGAUUCCUGGCCAAGUCGCAGCGGCGCCCCCGGCGCCUUGCAUCGCGCGACGUCGAAGACGGCGUCGGCGCCCUCCGCCCGCCCCGAGUCGAUGAGCACGAACGCGCAUCGGCACGGUCAAGCACAUGUCGAUAGGCGGCGGAGCAUGUCGGAGAUCUCGUUCCCCAUUAGCGCGCUCGUCGCGCCGCACGCACCGUCGAUGAGCGUACGGUCGGGAGGCUACUACAUGCGCGACCCGCGGAAGCCCCCCAAGAUCCAGCCGACGCCGUGGACGCUGCGGCUGAACUCGGCGGAGGAGCAGGGGUCCCCUGUGCACUCGUGGAUGUUCUUCAUCGGGUUUAUACUCUUCCCGCUGUGGUGGCUGGCGAGCUUUUGGCGGAUACCGCAGACGAGGAGGGUCGGGGGAACGGACACGGAGAAGGCGGUGACGCUGGACGACCCACAGGUCGAGCAUGAUGCGAGGACCUGGCGGUUCCGGUGUCGUGUCAUGGCUGUGAUCUCCCUCUUCACCUACAUCCCGUUCAUCGUGUUGGUGGCCGUGUUUGUCCCGCGUAACUGA